AAAAUACAUCCUUCCCCUCAUUAAGGGCAGCAAAGAGGACAAGAAGCAUCUGCAGCGGAUCGAGAGCAACAUCGCGGAAAUGAGUGGCACGCUGACACAGACAGUCACCCAGUUGCAGAUGACCCUGGCUUCAGUGCAGGAGCUGCUGGUAGAGCAACAGAAGAAAAUACAGGAGCUGACAGAAGAGCUGGCUAACUCACAGACCUCAUCUGCCACCAACCGCAUGCUGGAGUCUCAGAACAUCAGUGAACUCAAGGCUGAGAUUGUGUCUCUGAAGGGUCUUCUUCUCAGCAGGAGACAGUUCCCCGCUUCACCCUCUGUUCCAAAAAUCCCAUCCUGGCAAAUCCCUCUCAAACCUGGAUCACUGUCCAACCCGCCCUCUGUCAGCCACACCAACAGCAGUAGUGACAUCUCUCCCGUCAGCAACGAGUCAACCAACUCCUCCCCCGUCAAAGAGGGCAACAGCUCCCAGGCCACCCCAUCCAGCCCACACUGCCUGAAUGGAGACGUGGGCCUGGGCUCCAUUCUUCCUCUGGAUCUGAAAGACCAGGUCCGUAUGGAAGUCCAGGGGGAGGAGGAGAAGAAAGAGGACGAUGAGGAUGAAGAAGAGGAUGAUGACGUCACCCAUGCGGAUGAGGAAGACCACCUGAGCGUGCAGACGGAGGACAGGAGAGGAGGCGACGGACAGAUAAACGAGCAGGUAGAGAAGCUGCGGCGUCCAGAGGGUGCGAGCAACGAGAGUGAAGUCGAUUAGAAAGAAACUCCAGACUUCUACUGUCCAUUUGCUUCUCUCAGUUUCAUAAGAGUUCAUUUAAGUUCUGAUAUCACACCCUCGUUGCAGUAAAACAGCUACUGUGAGCAUCAAUUAACACCGUACGAAAGCAGCAGGUGAGGUGGAUUGUUCCUUUCACUGCAGUUCUUCACCCUUUUGAAUUUUAAACGUGCAAACCAGUGGCGGCACUUCUGCAAGCCUGAACAAGCACAGCAACAGAAAUUUCUGCAAAGACGACAAGAGAAAUGUGACUUUUUUUAAUGCAAUCCAUGCAUUUCCCUUAAAAUGCUAGCUAGCUGUUUUACUAGUGACUGUAGAACUAAAAAAAAAAAAAAUAAUAGCCCAUUUAUGUGUUCCAUAGCAUUUCAAGUCAAUACAAACGUCAUAAUUUGCAGUAUAGGGACUGUAGACACCAAUCAAGAGGCACCAAAGAAAUCAGAAAGUUAUGAUCCAAGAUUGUUGGACUCGUUUCUAUGCCAUUUCUUUUGUUUUGCUCAGCAGUUAACUAGUUCAGGCCGAACAUAGUUGGAUCAGCGUGGUUGUUGUGUUGGUAUGAACCAGCGGUGGACCUUGUAAUCUGUAAUAGUGAAGCAUUUCUCCUUCAGACAUUUUGAGAUUGUGUAGUACACCGGGCUACAGCAGUCUUUGUAAUAAUGAGGCCUUGUCUUUUGUGAUCAGAGUGAUGGUGGAUUUGAGAUUUCAGUGGGAGAAACAAAGAGACGGAGGGAAAACACAUGAGAACGCAGACAAUGAGGCGAAAGAGAAAUGUGUUUGUCUCAGUCGUAUCUCUCCCGUCUCCAGCAGGGUAGCUGAUUUGGUUUAUGAAGUAUGUUAAUAAUCAAAUGAUCGACAAAUAACAGAUGUAUUAGUUCAUGCAGCUUGAAAUGUCAAGGAGGCUAAAAUCGGAAAUCUAAUACUGAAAGCCUGUUAUAUUGUAUUAUAUUACAUGACAAACCCUCCAGUCUAAAUUAUGUAGGCCUCCUGCAGUGAAUAAUCUUAACAUGAAACGGUGCUGGGGUUUUGUAAUUAAACUGUGUAAAACAAUGAAUGCUUCAGCAGAGGUGCUUGACAGUUGUGCUUUUCUCUUUGGGGGCUUUUCUCUCAGAAAGCCCUGAAAGGAUUAAAAAAAAAA